CCACCAAGUCUGUCUGGCUCAGGAGUUGUAUCGGCGUGGGUUGGUGCCGUGCACAGGUCACGGAUGCGCACGGUGCGCAAGCGCUCGCACUCUGUCCUGUUGCUGCUGCGAGCUUGAACAGUCUGACGUGCGGACUUCUCCAAGUCGAAAGUGCGAAAUCAUCUGGAACUUUAACUCCUUUUACUGCAACGCAAAGACAUUUAAAAGGCUCAGCAUGGGAAACACAGACAGCAGAAGGCAAGACACCAACACUGCUGCAACUGAAGAGAAGACUGCAGAGUCUGGGAUAACUCACACUCAGGAGGAGGAGGCUGUUGAGGAUCUAGAUGUGGUGGUGGGGGAGCCGGUGGAAGUGGUGGGGCGUUUACCCCAUGGAGAAUGCGUCUUAGAGUGUCUAGAGGCAGAGGCUCCUUCUGCCACACUAUCCACACGAAAUGAUCCCGACCCCGAGCCAGUCCAUUCUGAGCUUCUGGUUUCAGCCAGCGAGCCACCUUCAAAAUCAGAACCUGCUGCUGAAGCUCAACUUGCUCCAGAACCGUUUCCUGAACCAGAACCUAGCUCAAAUCUGGAGUCAGAAGUUGAGGCAGUCUGCGAGCCCACCUCAAAGCCAGUUCCAGCCCCAGCUAAGGCUCUAGAGCAGCAGUCAGACAUGCUUACCCAAGAGUCUCUCCCUGAGCCAGUGCUUUCUUCACCCCUUUUGAUCAACCCGAGUAUCCCUGGUGUAACUCCUAAAUCCGUCAACACUCCUCCCUCCCCAGCUCCCAUCCCUGCCCCAGUCAAUGAAGACAAGCCCUCAGACGUCCUGGUAACUGGGAAAUGCCAAGACAGUAGUGAGGCUGCUAAGAUUUCUAUGCUGGAGCCAGGAAAGCCUGAAGAAACAUCAGAAUCUCUGGCAAAGCCAACACAGAAUACAGAAAAGUUGGACCUGCCUGAGAGCGGCAUCAGCGAAAGAAGUGUUAGUGGACUCCUGAAGAACUUGGAACUUGAAGGAAAUGACCUUGCCACUGACCUCAUUGUCAGCGAUGUCAAGAUCCCAGAUGACACCCCCAUCACUGAUAUAAGCACGUCCACUGAGCAGAUGUGAAUCCACUCACUCUACAAGAAAAAUUCAUGAAAGGUGAAUAGAUAUUUUUUUCUGGGGGUAUGUACUUAAGUGUAUUGUUGGACAACAGAGAUCUUCAUCUAUGCAAAUCCACUAAGCAAGAAUUAAAACAUUUUGUACAGAAUUGAAGCAAAAGGUACUAUUGCUAUACAUAUAGGAAAAGAUGUCAUGUUGAUUAAGUCAAAAGGUUAAAAUAAAAGCUUUUUGAAAUGGUUAUAAGAGUGUAAAUUCAUAAGAUAAUGCAAAAGGACACUAUAUACACAGCACUGUAUAGCAAGAUACAGGUGUUAAUAAACAUCUAUGCCUUAACAUAGUAAUGCUUGAACUUUGCAAUAUUCCUCUCAUAUGAAUGAACACCAGCUUAUUGUAUUUCCAGUAUAAUAAGGGCUUUAAAAAAUCAAUGAAUGGCUUGCUUGUCCAAAUAAAAAUACUGUUUCUCAUACAUUAUGGUCAUGUUCCCAUUUUUCUUUAGCUAGAAUAAAUAUGUUGAA